UGGUCCGGCGGAAGAAGUAAAUAAACAGGUCGAUCAUCGAUGUGUUACAAAUCAAAUACAUUGUUAUUAAAAGUAUCAUUUGGCUGUUUUAGGAUGUGACGAACUUGAACUUUUCUGCUGCUAACUUUUUCUCCGUACUCGUGAGGUUGGAGGGGCGUAUUUAGGCGAGGGCUCACACCGGGGGCAGAGGCUCCAUUUCACCCACGGGCUAGGAGGGCAGUUGGGGUCAGCACGGUGACACCGGCAGAUUUGUCAUACAUGUAUGUUGGUUGAUCUUCAUUCAUGGUUAGUUUUUUGGUUGGAACAAAAAGUGAGUGUGUAAGGUACUAGGAUGUUGCCAAACCCUUCAUCUAAGGUCUUGGUGCUGGGCACCAUCACCUUAAUGGUCCUCCUUCAGAUGUUCAUCUUUAUCUCCAACUUGGACUAUGAAACCUCAAGCAGAGAAGAAACGACGCUAAGCAAACUAGGCCAGCACUAUCCCUUCUUGGAGAACUCGACCACGAUCAACUACAUCUCUUCAGAAAUACAAGUGAUGUUUUUUCUAAGAGGCGUACCACCUGGCCGAGGAAGGUCUGCUCUUGCUCAAGCCAUCGUCGAUACCUUCAGUCAGAAUUCAGUCUUUUGCUGUUCGAGUCAAACUACCUCAGUAGAUGUGUCUGAUCAAAACUGCCUUCAAGAGGUUGAAAUAAACUGUAAAAAGCACAUCCGGGUUAUCGUCGUCGACCACGCGGAUAACCCGUCCAAAGACCUGAAGAAAUACUUUUCCAUGGCGCAUCAGUACAACUACACAACCGUGGUUGUUCAGCCCAACACUACAGUGAGGGAAGAUGGCGGGAACGUUUUACAAGUAAGAGAGAGCAACGAGGUACUACAGACGCCCAAGAUGCUGUACCCUUUAUUCUACGGCUGGUUUCUCGGUUAUAAUAUCUCGUUGGACGUCCAGAGACACAGGAAGACACUUUACGAUGAAUGUUUGCAACAGUCAAAGUUUGUGGAGAUAUUCAACAAGUUCGCUCUUCCAGGUUCCCCACACAAUUCAUCAGGUGGCUUGGAUUUCGGGCGCUACUUCUCCCUCACAGGGUUAUUGACGGGUCCCACAUUACUUCAUUGUACAUCAUUCUUCAGUAACUACGGCAACCGGACUGGUUCCAAGCAAUAUGCCACCUCUUCAGCCGUGAAGCAGAACACAGGCGGAGCGUACAACCUAUCCAUUAUAGGGUUCUUGAUAACCCCUCAAACAUUUGGGGCACGUCUUCGUCUCACAAAAGAUGAACUUGCCCUUUGGGGUGUCGAUAAUAGUAAAGAGGCUGACAAAACACACACAGAGUCAAAUGUCGGCUCAAGGUCGUGGGUCAAGACUAACAAGGUCAUCACAGCACGUACAAGUGACACGCUCAAUGUGGACAAACCGGUUAGUUGCCCCAAGGGUUGGCGACCUCAGGAAUUCUCCCCGACCUGCGGUCCUGGAAGUCGGGCUCACCUUACUCUUGGCCUGGGAGUGAACAUCUCUGCAGUUCAGACAGGCAUCGAUUUAAAUUUGAUCAUUCAACAAGAACUGCUGGCUCGUGACAAACCAAAGGACAUCCCCACCCUCCAGCUUGCCGGUGGAAUCGCCCGUUGCUAUGGAGAAGGUAACUGGGCCAUAUAUUUGGAGAAACCGCUUAAAGUUGGGGCAUUAUUCAGCGGCUGGAAUUAGACUUAAAUUUAAAGCCUCUCCUUUUCUGUGAAAGUACCAAACAAAUUUGUUUAAGCAACCAUCUAUUCUCUGUUAAAAUAGAGCAAUAUUGAUCACAAUGAAACUGUAUGCAAAUAAAGUUAACACAAAGUUGAGUGAGAUAUACGACUUCAAAAGGGGGGGGGGGGUAGAUGUUGUGGCAUGUAAUCGGCACAAUGUCCUGAACACCAACUAGUGGAAGUACAUGUAUCUAAGAAGUAACUAUAAAUACUAAAUAGUAAACUUACGGGUACAACCAUGUGUAAGA